AUGGAGAAGGAGUUUCGGAUCGCCAACUACGGGGUAAAACCUCCGAAAACACGAAGCGUAAUAGAAUUAGAAAGAAACAUUCCAGACUGCCAGGCAGUGCUGCUAACAGACCCGAGCACAGCCGUGUACUCAAAGGGCGGCGUGCUCUACAAAAAAGCCAUAGAGGGAGAAACCGGAAAAGUCUUCUGCAGGUCGUCUGGCAAGAGCGCCAAAAUAGCGGUGUGCGACUCGGUCGUCGCGCUGUUCAACAGUGAGGGGAGAAUACGCUUUUCAGACUAUGCCGGAAACGGGCUGUCCAGCAUAGACACGGGGAGCCGCCCUUUGCGCGCUCUUGCGUUUUUGUCCAAAGACGUGAUUUGCACGGGAGGUGAGGCGUGCAGGCUUAUGGUGUACUCGAUAUACGACGCCAAGCGGCUGGCAGAGCUGUCUUUUUCAGAGUACAUCGACAGCAUCACGGCGAAUGGAACACACUUGGCCGUGUCUCUGUCAAGCGGAGAAAUACACAUAUACGCGUACGCGCUCCACGAGACCGGCACGCCCGGGCAGGAGGGGCAAAAAAAGCUGCAGAUGUCGCUCGAGGAGGUCUCUGCCUCGCACGUGGAAAACCCGUGUCUGCUGCAGUUCAUAGACCGCGACCAGCUGUUCAUAGGGCUGUCCACCGGAAUGGGAUACGUGUACAGCAUGGAAAAGGCUGCCAUAAGCACAUACUGCUCCAUGCACUCGAAGGGGUUCACAAAGGCAGAGGUGCACGGGGACUUUCUGAUCACGUCGUCGCUGGACGGAAGGCUCAGGGUGUCCACGCUGUCUCUGAAAGAGGUGUCCUCGCUGUAUGCGGGGGCCGCUGUUCUGGGGUUCAACGCGCUGUUCUGCAGAAGCGAGGGCAGGAAAGACACAACUGGGGUGCAGUACAUAGUCGCCACUGCAACAGGAAAUGUCAUUGUGUACAGAGACAGGUGGACGCCAGAGCCGCAGAAGGAGGCUCCGGUUAUAAGAAAGUCGGGCCCGCAGAACCUAAAGGAGUACACGCGUGCAGACACCACAGAGAUGCACACGGUGCCUAUCUCCCUGCAGGAGGAGCACAAGAGAGGAAAGUACGGGCGGCUUAUGUUUACCUUCCAGUACCGAAAGGCGCUGGGGGCCUCGCUCAAAUCGGAAAAUCUGGAGCUGAUUACAGGUGUCAUGGACUACCUGCACAAAAUAGACAGGCUGAUCACAUCUCUGGCCACGCUCACAGACGCAGAGAUCUCUGUGCUGGCAGGAAUAUCUGUGGAUCUCCUAAAGACCAAAGAGUUUUUUGGCAUGGCUGACUCUGUUCUUACAUACUGCAGCAAGGUUCUCUACGGCAGAGCGCACACGCGUGGGACGCCCAUCUGCGAAGUUGUUGACAGAGCUCUCCAGGAAAUAGAGGAAGAGUUUCUUGUGCAGUGCACGCUGCUGGAGGUAAGCGAAUACAUAAAAGGGUUGAUGCGGCCUGCGGAAAAGACCAAAUUAUUAUAG